AAAGUGGCACGAGGUAAUAAUAUCGUAAGAGUUCUAGUUUGUAUCAAUGCUAUCUUAUCAAUAUUUGGCAUUGGAAAAUCAAGAAUAGAAAGAAUAAGAGGAUCUCUUGUUAAGACAGGAGUUCCUCCUUUAAACCAGCAAGGAAAACAUACAAAUCAACCUCUCGCCUUUUCAGAGAAUAUUGUAAAUAGUAUCAUUGAUCAUAUCAAAUCUUUUAAAGGACGCCAAAGUCAUUAUGCUUUGCAUGAAACUAGAAAGUUGUAUUUGCCAGAGGAUCUUAAUUUAUCGAAAAUGUAUAAUAUGUACAAAGAGCGUUUCCCACAAAAUAAAGUUUGUCGUGAAAGCUACAGGUACUUUGAUAACAUUUAUUUGCUUAUUUAUGAGUUUUAUUUCAUAUUAUCGAAUUGUCUACUUUUCUUAUCAGGAAAAUAUUUGCAGAAAAAUUUAACAUCAGCUUUGGUUAUCCUCGUAAAGAUACUUGCUCAACAUGCGACAAGCUCAAUAUUAUACUUGAAAAUCAAGACACUGCUGCAGAUCAUCAGAUCAUCAAAGCUAGUCACGAAAAAGAACUUCAUUUGCGAAAAGCAGAAAUGUUUUAUACCAGAAAGAGAGAAGCACGUAGUAAUUUAAAAACUUGUCAUGUAGCUCUUGCUUUUGACUUUGCGAAGAAUACGAGUUGUCCUAAUGUUUCUACAAAUGAUGUUUAUUAUCGUAGACAGCUCUCUAUGUACACAUUUAAUAUACACUGCUUAGGGUCAAAUAGUGUUCACUUGUUUUGUUACGAUGAAACUUAUGGGCAAAAAGGAGCGGACAAUGUAGCGAGUAUGCUGGAGUACUAUUUUGAAGACAUUAUACCAAAAGAUGUAUCUCAUUUGCAGCUUUUUUGUGAUUCCUGUGCUGGGCAAAAUAAGAACUGGACUGUUAUUCGUUUUUUGCACUUCAAUGUUGUGAAUAAAAAACGGUUUCACGAAAUAAAGAUAUCUUUCCCAAUAAGAGGCCACAGCUACAUGGAGUGUGACCGAGAUAUGGUGUUAGUUAAUCAAAAGGUUCGAGCAGAGCUACCAGUAAAUUGGAUGGAAGAAUAUCAUACCUGUCGUGAGAAACCUUCGCCAUUUAAAAUUAUCAAGAUGGAACUGAAAAUGUUCUUUAAUUUUUCUGAUCAUAUGAAACAAUUUUACAAAGUUAAAUGUCCAAUACCAACACGUCCUAUACGUGAAAUAAUUUUCUCUCAAGAUUUUCCUACUGUGUUACAAUACAGAUUUAAUUGGAAUGGACCUUUUGAAAGAGUUGCCAUAACAAAAGCUAUAGGAAAAAAGAAGCAGUUAUUGCGAAAACCCCUCACACGUUUGUACAACGAGAGAUUGCCGAUCAGCUGUGCCAAGUAUGCGGACCUUCAAGUUCUAAAAUAUUUUUGCAUGCCAGAGGCCCAGCAGUUUUUUAACGACCUGCCUUACAAAGGUCAGUUAAGUGAUGAUGAAUUAGUAUCAGAAUUGUCUGAAUAUGAGUCAAUUUAAAUUACUGUAACAGUUAGUGAUUAAAGGAAAAAGAUAAAUUUAUUUUGAAGUCA